CACACGUUUUGGGCUAUAUGUUCGUGUACAAUGGCUUCUUUUGACGCCCAAUUUAGAUAAGGCAUACGUGUUUCAUGAAAAUUGUUGGGCUACAUGCGUUGAAGUAACGAAGGUCUAACGUUAGAUCGGAAUCGGAACUUUUUUGGGGUAAUAGAUACUGAUAAUGAAGUUGACGAUACCAUCAACUACCACCAUGCAUCUAGUUGCCUUCCUUUGCCUAUUCUCAAUCUGGCUUCUGUCACCGAGUGUGAAUGCAUCUUGGGGUGAUCAGCAUCCGGUCUUCCAGAAUUAUCGGCGUCACUGUCUGAACAUGAAUUGCAGCACAGAUGCCAAACUGACUAGAUUCAAUACUAGACAGCCGCUAUCCAUGAGGUUAUUAGGUUGGGACUGCUCGUCUGAGUGUACCUAUGAAAGCAUGUGGCAUCUCACACACAAGGCUUUGGAAGAGGUUGAAAGAGUUCCACAGUUUUAUGGAAAGUGGCCUUUUGUGCGCUUUAUGGGCAUGCAGGAACCGGCAUCUUGUAUCUUCUCCAUUCUAAAUGGAGCCGUUGCAGUCUACAUGCUGAGUCGAUUCAGGAGACAAGUUCCAUCCAAUGCUCCCAUGUAUGAAGCGUGGCACGGCUACUUUGCUGUUCAGAUCAACACGUGGGUAUGGUCCACUGUUUUCCAUUUCAGAGAUGUAACAUGGACAGAGAAAAUGGACUACAUAUCUGCAUUUUCACUGAUUGUUUCUGGAAUGUUGAUGUUCAUUCUAAGAGUGUUUAGUAUGAAGGGAAAUACAAUCAACAUGAAGGUGGCUGUUCCUACUGUAACUCCAAUUGCCAUGUUCUUUUUGUCUCAUGCAUUCUACCUGGGCUUCACCAAGUUUAGUUACAGCUACAACCUCAAAGUCAAUCUAACAUUUGCAAUAGUCAGUUCAGUUGCGUGGUUACUCUGGUCCAUCAUUGUUCGUUCAAGACAGCCAUACGUAUGGAAAGUAGCCCUCUCUAUUCUGUCAGGAAACUUAUUAACUCUUCUUGAAGUCUUCGACUUUCCACCAGUAUGGUGGGUCUUUGAUGCACAUUCUAUAUGGCAUGGAGGCACUGCACCGCUUGCAUUUGUUUUCUAUAGUUUUGUGAUUGACGACUGCCUUUAUCUGUACGAGGAGUAUAAGAAAACACCAGACUAUAGGAGGAAAGGAGUUUGAUCAUCUUAGAUAAGAAAACUGAAAUCACAAAUUGCUGCAGCUUUAUUUUUUUCCUGUGAUUUACAGUUUCUCUGUGAAACCAAAAGUGCCAAAAUAUUUAGAACCAACAUACAUAGUUGUGAACUCUUGAAAUCUCAGGCAUUUUGAAAUGUACAGGAGAUGUUUGUAAAUGUACAAGUGUUUAAGUAUUAUUGUAUAAUGUAGUCGUGAACCAAACUUUCUUAUUAUGUGCGCCCUAGCCGUGUGCAGUGUUGCUUUGUGAGUACAUCGUAGUUGUGUUUUUAUUAGUACUAAAAGAUUGUGACAAUUGUUUUUACAUUUUGUUCCCUGCAACAUAUGAGUUUAGUUUGGUUGCUUAAUUUCCCAUUUGAUAUUCUGAUGAUGUCUCUAGAUUAGAAAUUUCAGUCUUAUUUAUAUCAUAUUGAAUUUUAGGUCUUUGUAAAUUAAAUUCACCAAAGAUGAUACAUAUAUCGUAAAAGUCAACAAUUAUGCAGUGAUUUACUCAUUUUAUACAGAGAUUUAGACACAAUUCUUUAAUUUUAUUUUUUUUUUCUAUAUAAAAUCACUUAAAUAAUGCAGUCAUGUGGAAAAUGUACUCCUUUAGUUUUGUACUUUGAUUUGUAUAAUGUACUGUAAAUAACAGAUAUUUUACGUCAAGAAAUUUAACAGGUGUACAUGUACUUUCAAUCACUUUUCCGAAGGUCCCUUACAAUCUAACUAAUUUUAAAAUCACAUUUAUAUUUGUAUAUAUUUAUUGUUGAUACUCAUUUUGAAAACUAUAAAAUUGAUAAGGGUUUUUGUUGAUGAGAUGCUCUAAGAGUGAAAUAAAACACUGUACAAAGGAAGUGAUA